GCUUCUCAUUCGUAGCUAGGAGAGAGAGGGGUGGAGAGGAUGAAGAAGAAGGAUUCGCCGCUUCUCUCCUUCUCCAUUUCCCUCUCGAUCUUGUUCUUCGUCUUCUCCUCCAAUGCACCCUGGGCAUUGUCCUCCAAUGGCGAUGAUCUUGCGCGGACGAAUCUCACGCGCGGAGGCGUGAUCCGGGCCAGAAUCCACAGGAAUCCCUUCCGACAUGCCAAGGCGACGGAUGGACUGGGGCGGAGCCCGCCGAUGGGAUGGAACAGCUGGAAUCACUUCGCAUGUGGCAUCAAUGAGCAGCUCAUCAGACAAACGGCUGAUGCGAUGGUCUCAAGUGGAUUGAGCAGGCUUGGCUACAGAUACAUCAAUCUGGACGACUGCUGGGCUGAUUCGUCUAGAGACUGGCAGGGGAACCUGAGAGCGAAGAGCUCGGCAUUCCCAUCCGGAAUUAAGGCGCUGGCGGAUUACGUCCAUAGCAGAGGGCUGAAGCUUGGAAUCUACUCGGACGCCGGCUACCAGACAUGUAGCAAGCAGCAGCCUGGAUCGUUGGGACGAGAGUACCAAGAUGCCGCCACAUUUGCGAGCUGGGGCGUUGAUUACUUGAAGUAUGACAAUUGCGGAAACAAUGGUGUGAGUCCCAGAACCAGAUACCAUGUCAUGCACGAUGCAUUGGUCAAGACAGGCCGUCCUAUCUUCUACUCGCUGUGCGAGUGGGGCCAGGAUAAUCCCGCGACUUGGGCUUCGAACGUUGGAAAUAGCUGGAGGACUACGGGCGACAUUGCGGAUAACUGGAACUCGAUGGUCUCGCGAGCGGAUCUGAACAACCAGUGGGCAUCGUAUGCGGGACCGGGACACUGGAACGAUCCGGACAUGCUAGAGGUUGGAAACGGUGGAAUGUCGGUGGAAGAAUAUCGUACACAUUUCAGCUUGUGGGCCAUUAUGAAGGCGCCUCUCCUUAUCGGUUGUGACAUUCGAAGCAUACGUCAAGAUUACCUCGGCAUCCUUUCAAACUGGGAAGUCGUUGGUGUCAAUCAAGAUUCUCUAGGAAUUCAAGGCAGGAAAGUGAGAACCCAGGGCUCCACGGAGGUUUGGGCCGGGCCCCUUUCCGGUGGUCGUGUCGCUGUCCUGAUGGUGAACAGAGGUUAUAUGGGAUGGAGCAUAAACGCAAACUGGCAAGACAUUGGCAUCAAACAAAACCUUCGUGUCACCGCGAGAGAUUUAUGGCAGCAUCAAAACUUACGAUACACAUAUACCAACGGCAUUCGAGCGUACGUUCCAUCUCACGGCUGCCGGAUGUUCGUGCUCAAGCCAGGAGGUUAAAACGUUUUUGUUUUUUUCUACACUCUGGUUUUUACUCGUCUUAAAUGGUGAAAAUGGCGGUCGUCUCUUUUGUCUCGCCCAGUUGCUGGCU